AUGGCAGCCACCGACAUUGUCACCAUCGACAACCUGUCGACAAAACUGCCGCAAUGGCGUCCUGACGCAGCCAACCACCUAUACGCCAUCGUAGACAUGGGAAGCAACGGCAUCCGCUUUUCCAUCACCUCGCUGGCCCCUCCAUUCUCAAGGCUGCUGAACCCUCUCUUCUCCACGCGCGCCUCCAUCUCGCUAUUUGACGCGCUCAAGCCUUCUUCUUCCGGCGGACUUGAAUUUCCUCAGCAGACCGUCGUCGACGUGGCUGAGGCAGUGGCGAGCUUCCACCGCGUCGCUGUCGCGUACGGCGUACCGCCGUCACAAAUGUUCAUCUUCGCUACCGAAGCCAUGCGCCGCGCCGACAACGCUGGCGACGUUCUUGACGCCAUCAGCGCCGCCACUGACGGGCUCGGCGUGCUGAUCCUUGCCCCUGAAGUCGAGACCCUCUGCGGCGCCGUCAUGGGCACCCGCAGCAGCCUCGUCGGCGUACCCGGCGGGGCCCUCUUCCUCGACCUCGGCGGCGGCAGCGUCCAGAUGACGUGGGUCGACACCGCGACCCCCGACUACAUGGUCGAGGCGGCUAUCGCAGGCUCCAGCAUGCCGUACGGCGCGGCCAAGUUGCUUCGCGUCCUCGAGCAGCAGUCGGCGGCAACGCAAGAGGUCGAGAUUGACACACUUCGGACGGGCAUCCAGGCCGCGUACCAUGGCCUCUGCGCCAGGUUUCCCGCACUUCAGGCUAUCAGGGAGGCGUAUGAGAGGGGCGACGAGGCCACUGUCGAUGUGUACAUGUGCGGUGGCGGUUUCCGGGGCUACGGUACCAUGCUCAUGCACGACGAUGCCAUCAAGCCCUACCCCAUUCCCUCCAUAUCCACGUACACCGUCGAAGGUACCAAGUUCAAGGAGACACAGCGUAUGCUGAGCAUCAAUACCGAGUACGAUGGAAAGAUUUACGGAUUGUCGAAGCGUCGCCGCAAGCAGUUUCCAGCCAUCGUUCAUGUCGUGGAGGCCUUCGUCAGCGCAGUCCCCAACAUUGGCCGCGUCACGUUCAGUGGAGGCUCCAACCGCCAAGGUGCUUUGCAGAUGAUGCUGCCGCCCGAGAUUCGGGAGAGUAAUCCGUUGCAAGUACUAGCCAAUAUCGCUCCCACCGACAAGCCCAUCUUUGAUGCUGGCCUGGACCUACUUCUGUCCAGCCUGCCGGAUCCAUCCAUCGUUUCUAGAAUGCCUACCAUCCUGGCGCCAGGCCUCGGAUAUCUCUUCAUCAAGGAACUGUGGACGCGAGCCGGCCACGAAGCAGACACCAACGCCUCCAUCUCCCUUCACACGUCCAUUAUUCGAGAUCCGGGAUGCCCUGGUUUAACGCAUCUGUCGCGCGCUCUGCUUGGAAUCGCGCUUGCGACGAGAUGGGGCUCGUUCCUUUCGCCGGCCGACGCACAGCUCGAGAAAGGCCUCAUCGCCAUCAUCAAACGAUACGGCGCCGAGACUCUCUUCUGGACAAGGUAUCUGGGUGCUAUCGCCGGCGUAAUCGCCGAGAUCUUGCCAUUCUCGCCGGCCUCCGCCGAGGAACUCGAGCGAGCAGUGUCAUUCAAAUCAGAAAUCGUGCAGAAAGAGUACAGCCGCGUCGUCAAAUUAUCCAUCGGCAUUGCCAGUGACCUUGCACGUCGCCUGGACGAAGAAGCUCUCAUCGACCACAUUAAAUCGGCCACCAAAAAUAUGGGAGAGGAAAGUCCGAAAAAGGUCUCCGUCGCGAUUUACAAGCGCGAGUGA